GCGCGCUCCAGGGUUCUUGCCCAUCCCGUUCUCACAGACGCUGGAAGAAGUGUACGGGGAGGCCUGAAUAUUAUCUAGAAUUUGGACUGGACCUAGUCACUGGCUCCCAUGCUGGGCGUCGUGGGGAUGACGAACAGCAACAUGGCGAAUGCUCUGGCAAAUGCAAUUUGUGAACGCUGCCGAGCUGGCUUUGCUGCUUCUGAGAAGAUUGUCAACAGCAACGGAGAGCUGUACCAUGAGCAGUGUUUUGUAUGUGCUCAGUGCUUUCAGCAGUUCCCAGAGGGACUCUUCUAUGAGUUUGAAGGCAGAAAAUAUUGUGAGCAUGAUUUCCAAAUGCUGUUUGCUCCCUGCUGCCAUCAGUGUGGUGAAUUUAUCAUUGGCCGGGUCAUUAAGGCUAUGAACAACAGCUGGCAUCCAGAGUGUUUCCGAUGUGAUAUCUGUCAGCAAGUCCUGGCAGACAUUGGAUUUGUUAAGAAUGCUGGAAGGCACCUUUGCCGUCCUUGUCACAACCGAGAGAAAGCAAGAGGACUUGGCAAAUAUAUCUGCCAAAAGUGCCAUGCUAUUAUUGAUGAGCAUCCCCUCAUAUUCAAGAAUGACCCAUAUCACCCAGAUCAUUUUAACUGUGCCAACUGUGGAAAAGAGUUGACUGCUGAUGCUCGGGAGCUAAAAGGUGAGCUGUAUUGUUUGCCUUGUCAUGACAAGAUGGGUGUGCCUAUAUGUGGGGCUUGCAGAAGACCGAUUGAAGGACGUGUGGUCAAUGCUAUGGGAAAGCAGUGGCAUGUCGAGCAUUUUGUAUGUGCAAAGUGUGAAAAACCCUUUCUUGGCCAUCGCCAUUAUGAGAGGAAAGGGCUGGCUUACUGUGAGACACAUUACAACCAGCUCUUUGGAGAUGUCUGCUUUCAUUGUAACCGUGUUAUUGAAGGUGAUGUUGUAUCUGCCCUGAACAAGGCCUGGUGUGUGAAUUGUUUCGCAUGUUCCACUUGCAACACAAAAUUAACACUCAAGAACAAAUUUGUUGAAUUUGACAUGAAGCCUGUCUGUAAGAAAUGCUAUGAGAAGUUUCCUCUGGAGUUAAAGAAAAGGCUUAAGAAGCUAUCUGAACCCCUAGCAAGAAAAUAAGCUUGUCUUCUGAUACCUACGUGGUGAAGACUUGGAUAAGCAUGCUUGCUCAGAGAGAGAGAAUCUCUCCCAGAUCCUAUUGACUGUGUCCUGUUCACUGAGGCUGUUAUCUGCACUAACCUUCACAGCAAAAUAUGUAUCUGCAUGAAUACUACAUUAAACUACCACGCACAUGCUAUUUAUCCUAUCACCUCAUCCUUAAAGAGAAAAAUUGCUCUUUUGCUCUUGUGGUACUUGUCUCACCUUGUUCUUUUAGCAAUCAUUCUCGGUCAAUAAAUGAGUGGGGCAGGGACAAUAAUCUUUCCAACUAUUAUUGUACCUUUUGAAAUUGUAACUGGGGAGACGAUUUGUUUCAACCUAAAAUGCUCAUUCAUUGUUUUUAUUUGUGAUACUGAAGCUACACGUUACAGCUUUAAAGUAUUCUUAAUAGAUCUAAUGAUGAAACAAGUAUUUUCCAUGGAAAUCAGUGUUACUUUAGAUGAGUUGGACUUGUGCUGCAACCUGCUGCAGAAGUUCUUUAUCUACAAAAUGUUAAAUCAUUUCAAUUAUGUGGUGCUACAUUUGAUUUUCACAUGUUACAUGUGCAAUUUGCUGAUCCAUCACAAGAAGAAACUUUUUGUUUUUCGUUUGUGUCACAUUUGCUUUGGCUUAGACUGAAGUAACCAGUUAUCUUUAACUUGUGGAUCUCAGAAUAUGCAACUCCCAGUAUCUCUCAACAGAUGGAGGAUCUCUUACCUAAGGUCUUGGCUGCCUCCUGCAUUUAGAGCCACAUAUCCUCUUUUUAAUGUAUCCAUAUAAAGAACAAGAAAUAGUUGCAGAAAAUGCAUAUAUAUACAUAUAAGUUGUUGUAUUCAAGCAGACUUCAAUAAAGGAUCUUGUUCACAUGACCAAGCUAUAUUCCCUCUCAAAGCUGUGAUGCAUACAUAACAUAGUAACAUGUAAACCAUCUGUAUGUGUACCUUGUUUUCUGCGACUUUCCCAGCUCUAGUCACAGAAAUGAAAUGCCUACAAUGGCUUGAUGUCUAAUAUACAGGAAAUAUGCAGAUCUCAAAA